GUUUGUGUGAGAAGUCGCGCUGAGCUCGGAAGUUUGACUCAGAAUUUUGUCUGACUUUAUUUUGACAGUCUGAGUUACAUAAGAUUAAUUUAAAUUUCUAAACGAGCUGAAGGUACAUUAAGGAUGGAUAAAGGAAAGUGAAAGCUGUGCUUUUAGACACCAACGUGCGCUUCCGGCCGGAUAUUGAGCAUGUCUCUUCAUGCUGUGGAAGAAGCUGUCAAGAUGUGCAAAGCUGAAGAAUCAAGACUCACUGAAAACAUCAGGCAGUGCAAGGAGAUUUUGCACUCAAUGAGAACACGCGUGACAGAAGCCAGUGAGCUUGAAACUGCUGCAACCAUCAGUAAAAAAGAUGAUAUUCCACCUGAAGAAAAACAAGAAAUUGAAUUGUUGGAGCAGGUUUUAAAAAAGGCACUGAAAAUCCGCAGUACAUCUGAGGCUCAUAAAGAACUUCACUCUGACAGCAACCAAGAAAAACACCCCAAUGAGAGCAAACAUAAAGCACUCAUUAAUUAUACUGUUAAAGAAGAAGAUAAAAAAAAACCAGUGAAAUCUUCCCCCCCCUCGGAGACGUGCAAAAAACCCAAUCAUCACAGACAAGCAGCUGGAGGGAACGUGACCCACGGGUCCGUUCUGGUCCGGAAAGGACCGACUGGAGUCACAGGAAGGCUGACAGUCCCAAAGAGCGCUCCAGGGAAGAUCUCUUCCACAGGAUCCCAGCAGAAGAUGCGUGUCAAAGCCACUAAUGCUAAACAGUCUUCCCCAUCAAUCUCCUGCCAAGAUGGGAAAUUCACAACAGAAAAUGUGCAGUCUAAUGCACAAUGCCUUGGUCAGCAGAAGAGACUUCUUUCAAAAACAUCUACCCCAUCCUAUCUACCCGACACCCUUGAAUGGACACCGUCUCCUUUGUUACCAGUCUGGCGAGCACAGAGAACAAAGCAGAUCCGACUGUGGAAAAAAGUAUUGACCAAGCAAUCAAAGCCAGUACCAGAGAGAACUCAGUUUACUGAGAGACUGCAGGGAACUUUCCCAUCAGAAUGGCCUUCCAGAUGUCCUGCUGAUAUCAAAACAGAGCUGGACGUGCUUUCACAGCGUUGUCUUGACCUGACACACUGCUUCCAUGCUGAGCAGAGCUGCGCUACAGACUCGGACUCAGGGACAUCACAUGAGAGAGAAUAUGAGUCCUUGCGGAUGCUGGAGGGUUUGGAGAGGAUGACGGCAGAACUUCUUACAAGUGCUGAUCAGCUGAAGAAAGACUGGGAGAGGUGGGAUAAGAGGAGCUCUGGAGCUUUCUGUCCCAUCCGGAGGAGAGGUGAAUGGGGUGACCCCAUUUCCUGUCUGCCGCCCAUCCUGUCGUACAACAGUGAGGCUGAACUGAGAGAGCUGGAAAGCCAAAGGCUCAGAGUAGAACAACUUCAGCAGGCUGUUCAUCUUCAAAAGGCAAUGUCCGAUAACCUUUCUUCUUUCUGGGACUCUAAUUCCGGUACUGAGCGACCCAGUGCCGUGGUUCUGCGUGGUCUGUACUCGCUGCUGGCGGAGGGAGGGGUUCAGUUCCCGUCACUGGUUUUGGAUUCGGAGUGAGAUUGAGCCAAAACAAGACUGAAUUUCAGGGUUAGUUCACAGAAUUCCAUGAAGCACAGCUGGGAAGUAUUCCACACAAAACUGUUCUCCAGAACUCUUAUUCUGAGAGAAACUUUGCGUUUCAGCACUAAGCAUGUUCGCUUUGUGCAAUUGCCUCAGAUGUUUAACAAAAUGCCUUUUUUGAUCAGUCACAUGACUGGAGACGAGUGCAGCGAGUGCAGCUGCUGCUAAAAAACACGAAUAAAGCUUCCAGCUGAUGACUCUCAUGA